AUGGUUUUCACUGCGCAUAAGUUCCGGCACUACUUUCUCGCCCAUUGGAUCAUUCUCCUCACUAAAUGCGAUCCCUAUAGGCACCUCCUCUCCAAACCUAUGCUUACAGGCAAGGCCAUACGAUGGUUCUUCUCCCUAGCAGAAUUUGACAUCACCUGCCAGCAGCCAAAAGCCAUCAAAAGUCAAGCCCUCGCAGACUUGUUUGCUCAAUUCCCCAAUGAAGCUCACGAACCUGUGGAUGAACAGUUGCCCCUCGAUGAUCUACAGGUCGCCUCUCUUGAGCAACCCCAGGAAUGGCACUUGUCUUUCGAUGGUUCUUCCACAGCAAGGGGAGGAGGCGCAGGUAUCGUGUUCUCCUGCCCAACCCUCAUUUCUACUGUUGCUGUCAAACUUGACUUUAAAUGCACCAACAAUGAAGCUGUAUAUGAAGUACUCAUCCUCAGACUCUUAACAGCACUUGACAGGCAAAUCUCUCGAUUAUGCAUCGAUGGUGAUUCAAAGUUAAUUGUCAAAUAG